AUGCCCAAGCAACUUGAUUCCGGCAAGCACCGGGGGCGACUUUUCUGGCUUUUGAAUGGCGGUCUGCUCUCAUCGGCUUUCGUUUUGUUCUUUAUAUACUUCUUCGAGCCACUUUCGUUUAAAAGAGGACUGCUUCGUUCACGGUUUCCCGUCGAGUCCACGAGAAAUACACGGCUCUUUAACGCCCAGCUCAGACCGGAAGCUCACGAAAGCAGAGAGAACACCACGAUUCAACUAGAUUGGACAGUCACGAAAGGCCUCAGAUAUCCCGAUGGAGUGGGCAAGUGGGUCUACCAGGUGAACGGUGAGCGUCCUCCGCUUCUUUGCAUCCCACCCGUCGAUCUCUCUCGGAACUCGGCUGACAAAGUGUCUCCAGGCCAGUUUCCAUGCCCCAGUAUUGAGGCCAGAGCAGGGGAUACUAUUGUCAUCGAUGUCCACAAUCAAUUAUCGGACGAGGGACUAGCACUCCAUUUCCAUGGGCUGCGUAUGGAAGGCGCAAACCACAUGGACGGCGUGGUCGGCAUCACUCAGCGUGCCAUCGCUUCCGGUGAAAGCUUCACCUACUCUUUCCGCAUCAGCCCAGCCCAGGCGGGUACCUUUUGGUGGCAUUCUCAUGCAGAGUUUCAACGUGCCGACGGUCUAUACGGUGCCUUCAUCGUGCAUGCGCCUAAGGCAAGCGGCGAAGCACUUGGUUCGAUGUCUGGCUGCGGCGCAGAGUAUGACGAAGACUCGGUCCUCCUGAUCGGCGAUUGGUACCACUCGCCAGCCCAAGAGGUGCAGGAAAAUUACGAUAGCUACACACAUUGGGGUCUUGAGCCAGCUCCGGACUCGCUACUCAUCAAUGGUGUCGGCCUUUUUAACUGUCCCAGGCUUCCACACUGGAGGAAGGUUGAAUGUAUGUCCACGACGACACCAGGCCUGGCCCCACGUGGGAGUACUUCACGUCUGCGAAUCGUCAAUGUUGGAGCUAGAAUCACAGUGCUGACAGUCGACGGCGGCAAUGCCGUGGCACCACAGAACCAGACAUGGUCGGCUGUAGGCACCGUACAUCCUGGUGAGAGAGUGGAUCUUCUUGUGGAAUGGAUGGACGCGGACGCAUUCGAAAUCAUCCUAGAUCGAGAAUACUACCGGUCAAAAAAUCUCGCAUUGACACCUGAGCAAGCUUUUCCAGUGAUUCGGGCGGAUGAAAUACAGGGCGGCCGACAAAGUCGAGCCACGACCCGCUCUCCAAAUCCAACUGCACUGGACCUCGUCGAGCUUACCGGCGUACAGCUAUCCGGGGGAGCCCUAGGUGGAGACAGACCAGAUCAUAUUGUGCAAAUAUACACAAAGAUUGAACUACUAGCACAUCUUGAGAACAGGCCGAGAGGUUAUAUCAACCAUACAUAUUGGAUACCACAGGAGGAUGACCCUUUGAUUAGCACUCCGAGGAAACAAUGGAAUGAGCAUCAACAGGUGCCAUUUAUCCCCCUGGCCAAGAAGAAAGACACGUGGGUUGAUCUUGUUAUCAACAAUGUUGAUGAGCUUGGUCACCCUUUCCAUCUUCAUGGGUACGAGUUCUACAUCGUUUCCUCGUUUCACCCGAAGGAACACCUAGGCUGGAAUGCAUAUAACGCAUAUGACGAGCGCAAAGGGCCUCCUGGAGGUGCCUAUAACCUCAAGAGCCCGUUGAAAAAAGACACCGUGUUUGUGCCGGCUGCCGGAUAUGUAGUGCUACGGUUCAAUGCCGACAAUCCUGGACUCUGGUUCCUGCACUGCCAUAUCCUUUGGCACCAAGGGGUCGGUAUGGCCAUGACACUGGAAGUUGAAAAGUCAAAUGAUACCCUUCAAUAA